AUAUGGUAAUAAAAUAAGUGGAUAUUCCAUUUGCACUUGGUGCCUCCAUAAUAACACCAACAUGAGUUUCUUUAUAUGUAAAGAAGUAGCAAUACAAAGUAGUAAAGAAAUGUUAAUAGAGGUUUUACGAUGGAGCAUCUUCGAAACGUCAAAUGUGGUCCACUUCAAAGGGAUCAGGUGAGAUCAGAAUCUAAUCAAAUAAAGAAGUAAACAGAAUUUGUUCCCCAUCUAGACGGAGACAGUGACAAUACCAUUUGUUAUCUCAAGUCCGAUCAUACAUUACAUCAACGAAACGACAAAGAUAUCAAAUUAAGUCGUCUGGUGAUGUUUUUGGAGUUCUUAUGACGUUCUGGAGACUAUAAACAGGGUUUAUGUUGUUUAACGUCAGUAAAAUAUGAUUGAUGCAAUUAACGAGAAGUUGACUAAUGUUAAAACUCUUAGAUCACCUAAUAGGUUUGGGAAAUCGCAUGUUUGAUUUCUAUUGGAAGAAGUCUGCCUCCUAAACAAAGUUGAUUUAUAACAUAGUUUAGAUUUCACCGUAGGAAGAUAUGAUCAAUGUAGUUCCCAUCAUAACUAAAUACUAUAUUAUUAUUGUUCAACAUUUGGCUCACUGAUCCACUAUAAUAAAUCAUAAGAACAUUGUUCGAUUUUUAAACACAUUUGCCUCUACUAUAGUCCAGUACGUAGAAUAAUUAUUGUGAGCUAAAAGUAGUGUGCAGAUUGACCAGCUCAAAUCUAUCUAAAAGCGAACGACGUUCAAACCUAUCAUAUAAUACUUGUUCUAUCGUAACAUGACUGAUCAACCAAUGUGGAGUUGGCAUAGUUGGCCUAAUGGUAAAGGGAGUGUUAAUAGCACUCCGGUCUCAAAGAGAUGGAUGAAACCACAUUUUUCAUAUAAAAAAAAAAUAACUGGUCAAGGCCAUCGUAUUCUCAACAGAUUUUGAGUACACAUUUGCCUAAAAAUCAAUUGACAAGACCAAAACGAAGAUACAAAAAUUGACCACGUUUUCUUAAAAAAAAAUUGGUAGUCGACGUUAGUAUACGGAAGAAUAGCAAAUAUGAGUGCUUGUUUGCCUUAAGAAAUGAAGCGUACAAGUGAAGAUACGGAUCCAAAAUGGAAGAGUCUAAAAUAAUAUUCCAAGAAGACAAGUUGUUGAGUGGGCAAGUGAAGUUGAAAGAAGAUGAGUAUCUGCCGAAAGAAUGUUUUAUCACAAACCUUAGAAUAGAGACCAAAGAGAGUACUACGAGAAAAUAUAUUUUAUCAACUUUUUUUGGAGAAGAAAUAUAUCUUCAUCUUUUUGUUAUUAUACAUUUAUAACAAUAAGUAAAAUUAGAUGAAAAAAAACCCCCAAUAUGGAUACAACAAAAACAAAGUGAGUGGAGAGGAAUAAGAGAAGUUAAACAAUGUCCAAAACAAAGGAGGCGUAAGAAAGGCGCAGAUGUCGUCGAUAAGAUUCAUCGACGAGAUCUUCCCAAGAUUUGGAAUAUGUCUACUUGCAUUACCACCCACAUGAUAAAAAUAUAA